AAACACAACAACCAAGCCCAUUCUCUCCAACUCCUAACAAACCAAUCUCACUCUCUCCCUAUUACAUUUCUCCCCACCACCUUUCUCUCUUUCAUCCCAAUACCCUAAUUAAUCUCAAACUUCACUCUAAUGGCUCAAGAACCCCAAAAACCAGCUGAUGAAGUCGUUACAACUACCUCUCAAACUCCCGUCGAUAAUCCACCACCCGCUGAAGAAGUUCUAACCACCACCACCACCGCCGCCGCCGCAGCUGUUGCUGAGGUCUCGACUGACAAGGACGCCGUUGUUGUUACUCCGGUUCCUGAAGAUCCCGAGAAGCCGGCUGAAGCUGUGACGGAGAACGCUAAGCCUGCUGAUGAGACCGCCGCUGAGAACAAAAUUUCUCAAUCGGUUUCUUUCAAGGAAGAAACCAACGUGGUUUCUGAACUUCCUGAACUUCAGAAAAAAGCACUCGAUGAACUCAAACAGCUUAUUAAGGAAGCACUUAACAAACGCGAGUUCACCGCUCCUCCAGUUAAGGCACCUGAAGUAACCGCACAAGACGACAAAAAACCUGAAGAAGAAAACAAAACCGAAGAAAAGAAGGAAGAAGUAGUAGCAGAAGAGAAACAGGUUGAAGAAGUAGUCGUUGAAGAGAAAAAAGUUGAAGGAGAAGUUGAAAAGAAAGAAGAAAAAGCUUCAAGUUCCGAGGAACCUAAAACCGAAGCUGAAGCUAAAACCGAACCUGAAGAGAAGAAGGUGGAGGAGACAGUGGUGGAAGUUGUUGAAAAAAUAGCUUCGAGUACUGAAGAAGACGGUGCGAAAACGGUUGAAGCUAUUCAAGAAAGCAUAGUAUCAGUUGCAGUUACUAACGGUGAUGGUGAACAACCUGUUACUGAACUGCCUGUUGCUGUUGAUGUGGAGGUUCCUCCUUCUACACCAGAAGAAGUUGAUUUAUGGGGAAUUCCCUUGCUAGCUGAUGAAAGAAGCGAUGUGAUUCUUCUCAAAUUCCUUCGAGCAAGGGAUUUCAAGGUGAAGGAAGCUUUCACGAUGAUCAAACAAACUGUUCUUUGGAGAAAGGAAUUUGGAAUUGAAGCACUUCUUCAAGAAGAUCUUGGAACUGAUUGGGACAAAGUUGUUUUCACCGAUGGUUAUGACAAAGAAGGUCACCCGGUUUACUACAAUGUUUUUGGCGAGUUUGAGAACAAGGAAUUGUAUCAAAAAAGUUUCUCUGAUGACGAGAAGAGAAACAAGUUUAUCCGUUGGAGGAUUCAGUCAUUGGAGAAAAGUGUUAGAAAACUCGACUUUGCUCCAUCUGGAAUCGCUACUAUUGUUCAAAUUAAUGAUCUUAAAAAUUCUCCUGGAUUUGUUAAGAAGGAGCUUAGACAAGCUACUAAUCAGGCACUUCAAUUGCUUCAGGAUAACUACCCCGAAUUUGUUGCCAAACAGAUUUUUAUCAAUGUUCCUUGGUGGUACCUUGCCUUUUCUAGGAUGAUUAGUCCUUUCCUGACACAGAGGACCAAGAGCAAAUUUGUAUUUGCUGGCUCCUCCAAAUCUUCUGAUACCCUUUUCAAAUAUAUAGCUCCUGAGCAAGUGCCAGUUCAAUAUGGAGGACUUAGCAGAGAAGGCGAACAGGAAUUCACCACGGCUGACCCUGCUACAGAGGUUAUUAUCAAACCAGCAACAAAACAUGCUGUUGAGUUCCCAAUUUCUGAGAAAAGCACUGUAGUUUGGGAAAUCAGAGUUGUGGAUUGGAAUGUGAGCUAUGGAGCAGAAUUUGUGCCUAGUGCUGAAGAUGGAUACACAGUGAUAGUACAGAAGAACAGGAAAAUCUCACCAGCUGAUGAAACAGUAAUUACCAACACCUUCAAAAUCGGAGAACCUGGUAAAGUUGUACUCACCAUUGAUAACCAAACAUCAAAGAAAAAGAAGCUUCUUUACCGGUCAAAGACCACACCCAUCUCUGAAUAAAAAAGGUUUCAAGAAAAAAUGUCUGAAUUCUUCAUUGACAAAGAGAAUGAUAUACCAAGAUGAAGAAGAAUACUAAGGGUGUUUUGUAUUCAUUAUAAGGAUUAUUAUAACAUUAUUGUGAAAGUUAUUGGGUGGGUUACUUAUAUUCUUUUAUAUAGGGGUAUUUUGUUCAUUUGGGUUGUAAAUUAUUUUUGUUUCAUGUAUGGGGUUGGGAAAUUUUAUUUACAGUUAUUAUUACUUAUUAAUAUCUUCAAUAGUAAUGUGGUGUUUUUUUUCAUUUGAAUUUGAAUUUGAAUCUGAUGAAACCUUUGUUAUGGACUCAAUUGGGGUUCCUUUAUAAAAGAAAAGUUCAUUGUUUUUUUGUCUA